CCGAAUUCGAAUCAAAACAAGUUUUGCGGAAUCGCCAACCGCGGGUCACAAACUUUCAUUUCUAAUAAAAAAUGAGUUUCUUUCUUGCAACAAAAUGAAACUAGUCUGCGAAACGUGCGUCGUGAACCGGACCGUCCCGUUCGGUAAGAAACCCUUCCAGAAAACCAUCCUAGCCAUCGGUAAGAACAGCGAGAAGAAAUCCGAAGAUGAAGCGGUCAUCAUGCUGAUAACGAAUGCCAACAAGGGAGGAACCAAAUACGCUUUGCGGAAAAACAUCAGCAAGAUAUUCACCCGGUUCAUCUCCGAGGGGAAAGCUACCAUUUCGUUUAACAUCCCGGAGCACGAUUUGCAAAUCAAGUCCGAGGUGAUCCAGCUGACGGGUUUCCUGAAGGUGUUGAAAUCAAUUCUCACUGGAGAAGCGGUUCCUGGUGGGUAUGGUUCCAUGGCCACCAUUCCCCUCAAGCUGCCCUGCCUAAGUGUGGCCAACAAGAAAUCGUCACUAUUGUCGUCCACAAGCAAAGUGCUCUCUACAAAAUGUGUGGUCAGAAGCCGCGCCGAUUAUCCGCUCAAAGGGUUCAACCGCAAUCUGACCCUGCUGCAAAUAUCCGACAUAAAACUGGUACGAUUCGACCCGCAGAUCCUGCUGCUGAAGAACCUUCGCAGCUUGAACCUCUCAAACAACUGCUUGGAAAAGAUCCCCAAGGAUUUAGGACAGCUUCGCCUGAACGAGAUAGACCUUUCCGGCAAUGCCCUACACAAUCACGACUGGGAGUGGCUACGAGGACCCGCGCUCCAGUCAAGUCUACAGAGUCUCAACAUCUCCAACAACAGCCUCAGCUACUUCCCAAUCGCUCUCAUCUACACGAAGCAGCUAGUCCGAUUGGACAUGCGUCAGAACCACGUCCUCAAGCUCCCGUUCGCUUUGUGGAAAAUGGCACGACUUCGAUUCCUGAACCUGGCCAGCAAUCAGCUCGGCUCCCUGCCGGAAUCCAUGACCCGCAUGAAGCUAGACGAACUGGAUCUCUCCGAAAACCGCUUAGAUCACACGGUAUCCACAGUUCCGGAUCUUCGCACACCGACACAGGUCGGUCACGUGCCCGCCCUCUGGGAACUGGCAGCGCGGGUCGUCGUCGCUCGGAAGGUGUUCUACUCGGUGGGAACGAUUCCGUUCUUGCUGGUCGAGCUGCUGCACCGGACCCCGAUCUGUGGCUGUGGACUGCUCUGCUUUACGGCCAAGAUCCACGAACGGGCCAAAGUGAUACGGCUGAACUGUCAGCACCUGAUCCUGAACAGCAAUCAGCACCUUUACGCCGAUGCUGUGUUUUGCAGUCAACGGUGCAGCGCCAAACUGUAAGUUAGGUUUAAGUUUCUGGAUUAUAUUUAUUAACUUUUAAAUGUGUGAUUCAUUGCAUCCGA